UAUAUUGUAUAUUUGAGCUUUCUCGUCGAUCUGUGCCAUCGAAACCAAACUUCGAAGGGUACCGAACGAUCUUUGUCCGGUUUUAUGCAAAAUACCGAACGAAGUAACGGAAAAGGUGUUGCAUUUAGUUAAUUAAUAAGGCACAAAGUUCCACGUUAUGGGGUUCGAUGUGAACCGUUUUCAAGGAGAAGUGGACGAGGAACUCGUUUGUCCGAUCUGUUCCGGUGUUCUUGAGGAUCCCGUUCAGGCUCCUGUAUGCGAACAUGCCUUCUGUCGUUCAUGUAUCAACGAAUGGAUUAACAGACAACCAACGUGUCCUUUGGAUCGUACUCCCAUUACCUCUGCACAACUGAGAACAGUACCAAGAAUUCUUAGAAACUUAUUGGCUCGCUUAUGUAUUACUUGUGAUAAUAUCGUGUAUGGAUGUCAAGUAAGCAUCAAGUUGGACAGUUUAGUAUCACAUUUGGAACAAUGCGAAUAUAACCCUAAGAGACCAAUGUUAUGCGAACAAGGUUGUAGUCUCAUCAUUCCAAAAGAUGAAUUAAAAGAUCACAAUUGCGUAAGAGAACUUAGAAAUUUAAUCCAGUCUCAACAGCAAAAGCUAACUGAUAUGAAACGAGAACUAGGGGAACAACAACUUCAAAUAAAUGAACAUAAGCGAGAGAUACACUUAUUAAAAGAUUUUAUGAGAGCAUUAAGAAUAUCGAAUCCAGCAAUGAGAGCUAUUGCCGAUCAAAUGGAAAGAGACGAAGUUGUAAGAUGGUCUGCGACUCUUCCUCGUGCUAGAGUUACCAGAUGGGGAGGGAUGAUCUCAACCCCGGAUGAAUCGUUGCAGAUAAUGGUGAAAAGAACAUUGUCAGAAAAUAAUUGUCCGCCUCAUAUCAUUGAUGAACUCAUGGAAAAUUGUCAUGAAAGAAAAUGGCCAUCGGGUUUAAAUUCUUUAGAAACUAGACAAAAUUCCAGAAGACAAUAUGAGUAUUACAUAUGCAAGAGAGUGCCUGGAAAGCAGGCUGUUUUAGUCCUCCAUUGCGAUAAUACGCACAUGCCAGAAGACAUGAUUAUUGAACCUGGUUUAGUAAUGAUUUUUGCCCAUGGUAUUGAAUGAAUAAACAUACGAAGAACCAUUAAAUAUUAUGGUAUUUUUAGGAAGAAAAAUGAACUUUCACAAGUUGAGUGUAUCUACUUGUUGUUUGCUAUGAUUUCUCAACAAUGCAUACAAAAUAGCUUUAUGUAUGUAUGCACAAUCUAAGAGGUAUGGGUGUACUAAUGUCUCCCGCAAACUACUGUUUGCAGAAAUAGUAAAAAAUUAUGAAUACAUAACUUUUGUGAUACAUGAUUGUACAGACACAAUUGCUACAUACAAAAUCUAAUUGAAUGUCUGAUUGUUACACUGUGAUAUGAUAUAUUAAUUUGUUGGAAAAGUUCCUGAGAUUAUUUGAUGAAUAGCAAACGAUUCCAAAUUUAUUGUUAUUAUGAUUUGCUCAUUUUCUACAGUAAAGUCUUCUUAAUAUAUCUGUAAUGGAUUAUUUAUCAUCUAUUUCAGGAAAUUUUUUUAAUAUUCUAGACUUUCUCUUAAGUUUUUUUUAUUAUGAUAACUUGAAAAAAUGUAAAAAAUAAUGAAUAGAUUGUAAUGAUAUGAUAUUUACUAUUACUAAGCGCUCAAUGUGUUCUUAAGAAACAAGAAACGAUCUCGUAAUAUUCAAUUUAUACAUUGGUCUUGUAAAUUAUUGUAAAAUCAUCGCUAAUAAUUAUGAAAUGAUCAGAUCAUUAUGCAGUGUAUAAUAACUAUACAAUUAUUUAAUGCUUUAUACAGCAUCUUUAACACUGCUUUGUAUAAUCAAUGUAAUAAGCACAAGAAAACUAAUUUAUUUCAAAUUUUAUACAGUUUUCCUUAUACAUAAAUAUGAUUUAUGGAUUGCA